AUGACUCACGUAUCAUAUCACAUCUCCAACCUGCUGGAGAAAAUGACAUCUACUGACAAAGAUUUUAGGUUUAUGGCCACCAAUGACCUGAUGAUGGAACUGCAGAAGGACUCCAUCAAGCUAGAUGAGGACAGUGAGAAGAAGGUUGUGGCCAUGCUGCUGAAGCUUCUCGAAGACAAGAACGGAGAGGUCCAGAAUCUGGCAGUGAAGUGCUUGGGCCCGCUGGUGAACAAGGUGAAGGAAUAUCAGGUGGAGACCAUGGUGGACACCUUGUGCUCCAAUAUGAUGUCAGAGAAAGAGCAGCUGAGGGACAUCUCCAGCAUGGGGCUAAAGACCAUCAUUGCAGAGCUUCCUUCCUCCUCUUCGGGUCUGAAUCUUACAGUCAGCGUCUGCAAAAAGAUUACGGCCCAGUUGAUCGGGGCAAUAGGGAAGCAGGACGAUGUGUCGGUGCAGCUGGAGGCCCUAGACAUCUUGUCGGACAUGUUGAGCAGGCUGAGCGGCACACUCCUCAGCUUCCACGCAUCCAUCCUGGACAGCCUCCUGCCCCAGCUGACCAGCCCACGGCUGGCCGUCAGGAAACGCGCCAUCAUCGCCCUCAGCCACCUGGUGGCAUGCUGCAACAGCGCCCUCUUCAGCCAGCUCAUGGAACACCUGCUCGCGGAGCUCUCCCCUGGGAAGGUGACCUCGGCCACCCGCACCUACCUCCAGUGUCUGGCCACAGUCAGCCGACAGGGGGGGCACAGAAUAGGUGAACACCUGGAGAAGAUAAUCCCACUGGUAGUGAAGUACUGCGGUGUUGAGGAUGAUGAGCUGAGGGAGCACUGCUUUCAAGCCUUUGAGGCUUUUGUGCGCAGGUGCCCCAAGGAAAUGUCAUGUCAUAUCUCCACAAUCAUCAAACUUUGUUUGAAGUACAUUACGUAUGACCCCAACUACAACUAUGAUGCUGAAGAAGAUGAAGACGAGUCCAUGGACAUUGAAGAUGACGACCAAGGGUCCGAUGAAGAAUACAGUGACGACGACGACAUGAGCUGGAAGGUUCGGCGUUCCUCUGUGAAAUGCUUGGAGGCUGUGGUCAGCACACGGAGAGACCUGCUGUUGGAGUUGUAUGGGUCUGUGGCAGCCGCCCUAGUGGGCCGCUUCAAGGAGCGCGAGGAGAACGUCCGCACUGAAAUCUUCCUGGCCUUCAUCUCCUUGCUCCGGCAGACACGACCGCUGCAGGGCUCUCCCCAGCCUGGAGAUAAGGAAGACCCAGCACUUACCUUGCUAAAGAAACAGGUCCCCACUAUCGUAAAGGCUUUACACCGACAGCUGAAGGAGAAGAGCAUCAAGUCCAGGCAGGGCUGUUUCAGUCUUCUCACCGAGCUGGCCGGCGUGGCGCCAGGCAUCCUGGGAGACCACAUACCAGCACUCAUUCCUGGUAUUGUGUAUUCUCUCACAGAUAAGUCCACCUCCUCCAACAUGAAGAUUGAUGCUCUCUCCUUCCUCUACGUUCUCCUUUGCAAUCAGUCUCCUGAUGCAUUUCACCCGCACAUCAGUGUCAUCCUACCCCCUGUGGUCUUGUGCAUUGAAGACCCCUUCUACAAGAUCACGUCAGAGGCCCUCCUGGUCACACAGCAGAUCGUGAAGAUCCUGAGGCCCCUUGAGAAACCCCAGUCUUCAACCUUUGAUACCAGGCCUUAUGUGAAGGACCUUUUUGCUGCUACUCUUAAACGGCUGAAGGCAGCAGAUAUUGACCAGGAGGUGAAAGAGCGAGCAAUCUCUUGCAUGGGCCAUAUUGUAUGUCAUCUGGGAGACCAGCUAGGUGCUGACCUACAGUCCACCCUGCAGAUCUUCUUGGAGAGGCUGAAGAAUGAAAUCACAAGGUUGACCACAGUGAAGGCACUCACCCUUAUAACAGCAUCUCCACUCAAAAUUGAUUUGAGGCCAGUGCUCCCUGAAGGUGUUCAGAUCCUAGGCUCCUUCUUGAGGAAGAACCAGCGUGCUCUCAAGCUAAGUACUUUGACAGCCCUGACUGUCUUGGUGACGAAUUAUAGUGACAGUCUCAAGCCUCCGAUGAUGGAGUCAGUUGUGAACGAGCUGCCUGCCCUCAUCAGCGAAAAUGACAUGCAUGUGUCCCAGAUGGCCAUCACACUGCUCACUUCCAUGACUAAAGUUUGCCCUUCUUCUCUGACCAAAAUUGGCAGCAAUGUUCUGCCAGAAGUCCUCAACUUGGUGCAUUCUCCUCUGCUGCAGGGUGGAGCCCUUGGAGCCAUCCUUGAAUUUUUUCAAGUACUUGUGGUAACUAAGGCCAGCAACAUUGGUUACAAUGAACUCCUUAAGGCCCUCACAGGCCCUUUCUAUGGUUCUGAGAAGUCCAGAAACACCAUGCCAAUGCACAGACAGUCAUAUUACUCUGUGGCUAAAUGUGUGGCUGCACUUUCCACCACAUGCCCAAAUGAGGCCUCAGCAAUGAUCAAUAACUUUGUCCAGGAGGUCAAGAGUCCGAAGUCAUCAGAGUCGACGAGGAUCCUGUCAUUCCUGUGUCUUGGGGAGGUUGGCCGGUGCAUGAAUUUGGGAGGCCAGAAGGAGCUGAAGACAAUCAUACUAGAGGCCUUCUCGUCCCCGCAUGAGGAGAUCAAGACAGCCGCUUCUUAUGCCCUUGGUAACAUCUGUGUGGGGAACUUGAAGGAAUAUCUUCCCUUUAUGCUGAAGGAGAUCGGCAGUCAGCAGAAAAGACAGUACUUACUACUGCACUCCCUGAAAGAAGUGAUCAGUGCUUCCUCGGCCGAGAGCCUGAUGCCUCAUGUGGAGGAAAUCUGGGCACUGCUCUUCAAGCACUGUGAGUGUGCAGAGGAAGGCACACGGAACGUGGUGGCAGAAUGCCUGGGCAAGCUAACCCUAGUCAACCCCUCUCAGCUCUUGCCCCGGCUCAAGAAGCAGCUGUCUUCAGGUUCUCCUCACUCCCGCAGUACUGUGGUCACAGCCAUUAAGUUCACCAUUGUUGAUCAGCCCCAGCCCAUAGAUGCACUCCUCAAAGACUGCAUAGGUGACUUCCUGAAAACACUGCAGGACCCAGACCUGAAUGUGAGGCGAGUGGCCCUAGUGAUGUUCAACUCAGCGGCUCACAACAAGCCUGCGUUGAUUCGAGGGUUACUCUCCUCUGUCCUUCCAUUCCUCUACAAUGAGACCCAGAUUAGAAAAGAGCUCAUCCGUGAGGUAGAGAUGGGCCCCUUCAAGCACACAGUUGAUGACGGACUAGAUGUCCGGAAGGCAGCAUUUGAGUGUAUGUAUACCUUGCUGGACAGCUGCUUGGAUUGCCUGGACAUCUUUGAGUUCCUGAAUCACGUGGAGGAAGGUCUAAAGGAUCAUUAUGACAUCAGGAUGCUCACCUUUAUCAUGCUGGCCAGACUUUCCUCACUGAGUCCCAGUGCUGUCAUGCAAAGACUUGACCGACUGGUUGAGCCGCUUCGAGCCACAUGCACUACCAAGGUGAAGGCUGGCUCGGUGAAGCAGGAGUUUGAGAAGCAGGAGGAGCUGCGGCGGUCGGCAAUGCGAGCAGUGGCAGCACUCCUGUCCAUCAGGGACAUAGAGAAGAGCACUGCCAUGGCAGACUUUGCCAGUCAAAUCCGCUCCAACGCCGAGAUGUCCUCCAUCUUUGAGAGCAUUCAGAAAGAUGAUUCGACUUCUGGCAUCACAGAGACCAUGGACACCAGCUAGAACUGAUCCUCCCAGUACUGCAAUGCCUUAACAAAAACGUACUAUUAAAAUACCUGAUUCUUCAAAUCUCACAUUUCAUAUUCUAGAUAUGAAACUGACAAAAUUAGGGGGGGGGGGUUCCAAUUUUUUAGUAAUUCAAAGACUUUGCCUCCACUGUACUGAUGAUUCCAAAUUCCCUCCAGUCUGUGGAAUGAAAUGAUUUGCUCUGAUCUAUUCUGGUUUCUGUAUUAGGGGUGGGCAUUUAGUCUAAAAUAUAUCACAGUUUCGGGCAGGAUCACUAUCCACAAUCUCAUCAUGAGUCGUUUUCAUUUUGGAUUUUAAGACUAUUUUGGAAGUUACUGAACAGUACAACCAAACUAAUUCCAUUAUUAAAAAAAAAUAUCGCCCUAUAAGGAGACAAAACCUAAAAGAAAAAAUAAGAGAGUACUCUCUCGGGUGUUUUCUUUUGAGGUGGUUAAAAAGGUUUGUCAUAUUGUCAUCCAAUGUGUAAGCCUCAUCUUGGCAAAUUUUGCAAAUAAACUGUGGGUUUUUGGAAAGCAA